UCCUGGAAUCUACAAUCAGCUCCGUUAUUGUUUGCAGAGCACUGAGGGGCAUCAUGUCUUUGAAAAAAAAUUCCUGCAGAGUUUUGCUCAAAGUUUUUAAACAUGGUGUCGUCGCUUUGAGGAAACCGUACAGUGGACGAGACGCAGCAGCUGGAUGCACCGGGCUUGGACGGAUAUGCGCGCGGGGUUAUUACAGCACCCCGGUAAAACCCGCACACCCGGGACCGAGCGGGGCGACUCCCGUCAGAGUGGUCGACCUUCGCAGCGACUCGGCGACCAAGCCCGGGCCGGCGAUGCGCCAGGCCAUGGCUGAGGCCGAGGUGGGAGAUGACGCGAUGGCAGAUGACCCGGCCGUGAAAGAGUUACAGGAGAUUGCAGCUGAUAUGUUUGGGAUGGAGGCUGCCCUGUUUGUUCCCACUGGUACCAUGAGUAACCUCAUCGCAGUGAUGGUGCACUGCAGGGAGCGAGGCGACGAGAUGAUUGUGGGCGACCUGUCCCAUUUACACAUCUUUGAGCAGGGAGGGAGCGCUCAGCUGGCUGGUGUCCAUGCCACCAUGGUGACCACCCUCCCUGAUGGGUCGUUUGACUUAGAGCAGCUGGAAUCGAAGAUCCGCCACGGUUACCCCAACCCCCACUACCCCCGCUCACGCCUCAUAUGUGUGGAGAACACACACAACAUACAGGGAGGGCGUGUGCUGCCUCUGACCUUCCUGCAGGAGGUUCGUGCUUUGGCAGAUAGAUACGGUCUGUCAGUUUACAUGGAUGGAGCCAGGGUGAUGAACGCUGCUGUGGCCCAGGGGGUGCCUCCAUCCACCAUACUGCAGCACACACACACCGUCAGUGUGUGCCUCUCCAAGGGUUUGGGUGCCCCCUUCGGAUCCAUGCUGGCUGGAUCCCGAGACUUCAUAUCUCGAGCAGUGCGGUGCCGUAAAGCCCUGGGUGGGGAGGUGCGGCAGGCUGGUAUACUGGCGGCAGCGGGGAAACUGUCUUUGCUGGAGAUGGUUGGAAGACUGGAGGAGGAUCACCGUAAUGCAAAAACCUUUGCUCAAGCUUUGGUCGACUGUGACCCUCCUCUGUUCGCUGUAGACAUGGCCGCUGUGGAGACAAAUGUUGUGUGUUUCCGUUUACAGAAGCCCAGUUUAAGCACGUCUGAGUUCUGUGCCCGCAUGGGUGAGGUUGGCGAGGGAGAGGAGGCAGCACUGGGACAGGGGAUACAAGUUCUCAUGUACCCCUACUUUGCAAAUUUAAUACGGGCUGUAUGGCAUCUUGGGAUUUCCCCCGACGACACCCAGCUGGCCAUCCAGAAAAUGAGAUUUGUAGCUUCUCAGUUCUUGAAGAAAUGAUGCCGUCAGUAAAAGAUCUGCUGAACCAAACAAUGCUGCAGCUAUGAACUCUAUUACUACCUGCAUUUGGCAAUAAAUAAUUGGAUACACAAUAAUUUCUUAAAGUUAAACGAGGACAAAACUGAAAUUGUACUAGUCGGCCCUAAAACAAAAAGAGAACUGCUGUUUAAUAAUUUGGGGAAUUUAACUCCCUGAAUUUCAUGUGAUGUCACAAACUUUGGUGUGAUACUACAUUCAGAUCUAAGCUUAUACAUUGUAUUUUUAUAUCAUUUCAUCCAGUAUUUUUCUCACUGUACAUGCUGGCACUUGGUGACAUCAUUAGAGAACAUAAUGUUUGUAUCCAUAGUUACGCAGAUGACACAUAAUUCAAUUUCAAUUCAAUUUCAAUUUUAUUUAUAAAGCCCAAUAUCACAAAUCACAAUUUGCCUCACAGGGCUUUACAGCAUACGACAUCCCUCUGUCCUUAUGACCCUCGCAGCGGAUAAGGAAAAACUCCCCCCAAAAAAACCUUUACAUACAUAACUGUACAUCUCUGCUGAACUGAACGAUGCUGCAGCCAUAAACUCCAUUACUACCUGUCUUUUGGCAAUAAAUCAAUGGAUGAGCAAUGAUCUUUUAAAGUUAAAUGAAAACAAAACUGAAAUCCUGCUUGUCUCUCCUAAAACAAAAAGAGAAAUGCUGUUUAAUAAGGUACGACCAUUUCUAAAUGAAAAAGAUGCAGAGAAAUUAAUUCAGGUUUUUAUUUCAAGCCGACACAACUACUGUAACACACUUUUUACAGGCCUCCCUAAAAACACCACUGAGAGACUUCAGCUCAUUCAAAACUCUGCAGCUCUGCUGUUAACCACAACCGAAAGGAAAGAGCACAUCUGGCCGUCUGAGCUGCUCUGCAUUGACUUCCUGUUACAUUUAGAAUUCAUCUUAAGCGCCUCCUCCUCCUCGUAUACAAAGACCUACAUGGGCUGAGACCGAGCUACACUGCUAACUCCCUUGUUAACUGUUUGCCUCCAAGAACACUGUGAUCAUCAGCUGCUGGUUUAUUGGAGGUUCCCAACAACAGUAUAUUUAAGUUAAGAACGUAUCUCUUCACUUAUCUCUGCCUUUAACUAGUUAUGCCUUUUCCUGAUACAGGCUUGAAACUCUGUUUUGCACUUUCCUUGGCACUUGUCAACUGCUGCACUUCUGUUAAAAAAGUUGCAUUUUAUUUGAUUUUCUUUUCAGUCACUGCAUGUGAUUUCCUUCUUAUAGAACAUUGGACUUAAUUUUUUGUAUGAGCGAUGCUUUAAAAAAUAUCUAUAUUGUUAUUAUUUUAUUAUUAUAACCAUUAUUAUUAAAAUAUGACAUAUUCUGAUUGAAGAUAAUUGUUGAAAAUUUAAAGAAUUGGGUCUGAGAAUGUCAGGGCUAUUUUAAUAGUGCAAGAUGAUCUGUGUCUGUUACAAUGUGCUUUAAUGAAAGCCAUUUUCUGUGAAAGUGCACUAAUGCUUCAAAUGACUAAAGAAAAUGAAUCACCAACUGUUUGGAUCAUCAAAUAAUCAUUAUUAGUUUGUCAUUGAUUGUUGUCUUAUUGAUGUAUUUAUUGUGUAGAUACAACUAUCUGUGGAGAUGUAUCAGUGUUGGUACAUACAGCGGGUAGAAGAUUGUUUUGUAGAUUGUUUUGGUUAAGAAAAAUGUCAAUAUUUUGCACACAGAGGUGUAUAAAAAAGAGACAGAUAGGAACACUUUUCUCCACUACAGCAGUUAUCAUCCACCCUCACUUAAGAGGAGUUUGCCAUACAUCCAGUUUCUAAGGUAUAAACGUAUUUGUGAUUCAGAUGAAAUCUUUGAGUCACAAGCCAAGGAGCUCUGUAAUAAUUUUGUCUCUAGAGGUUAUAACAACACCAUGGAUAAAGUUCGUCAGAUCCAGAGGAAUGUUUUGUUUGAGCCGAAAGAAAAAGUUCUUUCUAACUCAGAUUCAAUGGUGUGCACAUAUAGCCCUAUUUCCAGUGCACUCAAAAAGGUUGUAAAUAAUUAUUGGUAUAUUCUGAACACAGAUCCCGAAAUUGGAAGAGCUUUUCAAGAGCCACCAAGAUUCUUCUUUAAAAGGCAGCCCAAUUUGAGCAACUAUUUGGUGAGAUCCAUUUUACCAAAAAAAACCUUCUCAUCAUUGUUUGUCCAGUGUGCC